AUGCAUCGAAUUUUGAAAAGAUUUUAUUCAAUCAGUAUACCUCGCAACACCGUUUACAAUUUACUCAAGGAGAUUGAUCCAGAAGGCCUGGCCCAGCGGCUCCGCAAGACAUGCAAACGAUGUGUCUUUUGCACACAUGGUCCAAAUCAUGUCUGGGCCUGUGAUGGGCAUGAUAAAUUGAAAAGAUUUGGGAUUUGUAUCUACAGUUUUAUUGACGCUUGGUCCUGUAAGAUUCUUGGGAUGUUUGUUCAUGUAACAAACAAUGACCCCAAACACAUUGGAGUUUAUUUUCUACAAACAGCAGCAAAAGCUGGUGGAAUUCCUCUCAAGUUGAAAUCUGAUUUUGGAUCUGAAACUAUUGACAUGGCCGCCUACCAAAUGUUCAUCUCCUACAAACAUGCAGGAAUUGAUAUUGAAGAAGCAGCAAAAAGAAUGAAUUUCACUAAGUCUACCCACAAUCAAAAGAUUGAAGCUCUUUGGUCUCAAAUGAUGAAGCACCAUAACCAAGCAGUGAUUAAUGCCAUAACGGAGAAGAUUGAAAGUGGUGUGUACAAUCCAGAUGAUGAAGUUCAAAAGUAA